AUGGCCUCAUCACGAGUGACCGAAACAUUUGUAUCCAAUAAAUAUAUUUUUUUAUGCUUCAGAGUGAUCGAUGUCGGUGUGGAAUGGAGAACGUUCUCCGACAAAACGGCCGAUAAUGAUCCGUGUCGUGUUGGUGCGGCUGAAAAUCCUCUGCUUAAUGGCAGUGACUUAUCUACAGUAAUUGCAGGAAGUUCUGGUGAAACAAGUUUUAAUAAUUUUGGAUUACCUAAAUAUCAAAGUAGAAGAACUAUGAGCAAUUCGGACAGAGUUCUUAUUAAAGCAUUUGCUGAAAUAAAUAAUAUGGCUGAUAGAAUAAAUUUGCCAAAAAGUAUAGUGGAUCGAGCAAAUUAUUUGUUUAAGCAAGUACAUGAAAGCAAGAUGUUGAAAGGUCGAUGUAUGGACACAAUUGCCUCUUCUUGUUUGUACAUUGCAUGCAGACAAGAAGGAGUUCCCAGAACCUUUAAAGAAAUAUGUGCAGUAUCAAAAACUUCCAAGAAAACAAUUGGUCGAUGCUUUAAAUUAAUUAUAAAAGUUUUAGAAACAAGCGUCGAUUUUACCACUACUGGUGAUUUCAUGUCUCGUUUCUGCUCCAAUCUGGGACUUCCGGCCUCUGUACAGACGGCAGCCACUCACAUUGCUAGAAAAGCAAUUGAAAUAGACAUCGUUUCCGGACGCAGUCCCGUUUCUGUGGCGGCGGCGGCCAUCUACAUGGCCAGUCAGGCCUCUGAACAUAAGAAGACUCAAAAAGAAAUUGGUGACAUUGCUGGAGUGGCUGCCAUCACCAUUCGGCAGUCAUAUAAAUUGAUGUACCCCCGGGCUGCUGAUCUCUUUCCUGGAAAUUUUAAUUUCCACACACCAAUUGGACAAUUACCAAAAGCAUAA